UCCACAAGUAAAAUAGUCGGAUAUUUUGCACAUGGGCUGUAGGUUUUCGAUUUAAAAAGUCAAAAGGUUGAGUUAUUGAAAGUACCACCUUAUAAUUUUGUUUUAUCUACAGAGCAGACCACCUGCAUACUCUUUGGCUUUCAAAAUUUCUAUUUAUGGUAGGCUAGUGGAUUUUAGUUUAAUUGGUAGGAAGAUGAUACGUUUGAUCAUUUAUGAAGGCUUAAAUUCUUCAGAGACUAGAUUGAUUCAAUUCUAAAUGAUUUUCAGAGACUCGUUUGACAAAAUGCUUCUGACAAAGGAAUGGCCAAGUCCAUUGCCGUAUUUUGGAAAUUCCCUUGCCAAUGCCCGUGCCAUUGCCCACGCGAGCUCUAAUAUUUCGAUUCAUUUUUCUGCAUUAUUUGCUCCUUUUCUCGAUACGGCUGAAGGGACUUGGAGGCGGAGCAAUACUUAACUUUUAUUUUACUGGUAAAGCACAUAGUUGAAGCAUAAAGAAACCAUAAAUUUACAAGUUCGACUCAUAGCUCAAGAGAUACUUUACUGUACUGGUGAGAAUUCGUAUCUUACACAACGCCUUUCUUUAUCCAGGGAUAGUGAACUGGUUAAAAUAUAAGAAAAGAUACCUUUGGACCGGUUUUUUAAGCGAGAAUAAAAGCUGUCUCUUUACAAGAUAAAUUGAUAAAUGUUUCACAAAUUGAAACCAUGUCAAUGUAGAUCAAUAGCUGCCUAGGAUUCUAAAUUACGAAGAUAGGGCUCUGUUAGGGAAACUACUCCAUGCAGAUAUUCUUACUACCAACAGAAAACUGCACCUGCAUAACAGAAAAUAAUUAGGUCAUAUGAAACCGGGUUUUAGACUGAUCAAAUCUAUGAUAAUAAAGAAUCUGAUUGACAAUGUUAGAAGGCUUCUUGACGGUUUAAUGACAGUGAAGGACAGCUUUUUCCUCUUUGUUUGGUUUUGAUGGUGUGAAAUGAUCUCGUAAUUCAAUAGUUGUCAAUGUGGGUUCCUAAUCAAAAUAUCAAAACAGGGUCUUCAGCAAGAGGCCCAUUUAUGAAGCUGUUAAGGCAAACUGUUGCCUGUGUUGGAUUGUUUCAGUUCCGAGAUUUCAGAUAUGCAUUCUGAGAUUGGGGAAACAUUGUUGGAGAGUUGCUUUGCUGUAACUUAUUUUUGAAUUGCCCAAUGUUCCUGCAUCAGUCUCUGAAAAUCUUGCGAGUUUCAAGUUUCAACAAUUGAAUGGAUUACAGAAUUAAUGCUGGUUUUUGGUUUUCGUCUGUACAAGUGAAACCUUUCUCUACUUUGCACUCUAAGAUGUUGGAGUUGGGAGUAUUGUAGUAGUGGGUGGGACUUGUUUACUAGGGUUGGCUAGCUGCGUUGCUCUGUGUCUGUAUUAGGAUACAUGGGUUUGGGUUGGAAUAUGACAGAGCUAGGCAAUGCUGCCCAGUUAACGGGCCUCGAUGCUGUUGGUCUUAUUGGUGCUAUUGUGAAGGUAGCAAAGAAUGCUCGAAUGCAUAAAAAGAACUGCAAGCAAUUUGCUCAACAUCUGAAAUUGAUAGGCAAUUUGCUGCAGCAACUAAAACUGCCUGAAUUGAAGAAGCGACCUGAGACAAGUGAACCUUUGGAGCAGCUUGAGGAUACACUGAGGAAAGCUUAUGUGCUAGUGCAUAGCUGUGAGAAUAAGAGCUACCUAUAUUUGCUUGCGUUUGGAUGGAACAUUGUCCAUCAGUUCAAAGAAACACAGGCAGAAAUUGAUAGUUUGCUGAGGCUGAUUCCACUUAUCACUCUUGUAGAACACCACCAAGAACGAUUGUAUGCAAUUGAAAAAGAUGAAAAGGAGUAUACAAUGGGUGCAGAGGAGGCAAAGCUUCAAGAAACAAUUUUGAAGUCAGAAUGCUCAGAAACAGAUACUAGAGCUCUAAAGCAUUCAUUAUCACGAUCUUAUCCAGGCCUUUCCUUCCAUGAAGCUCUUCAAAAAGAAAAUGAGAAAUUAUGUCAUGAAUUAGAGCAUAUGCAGCUUCAGAUGGACCUUGAUAAAUGUGAUGUCAUUAGGCACCUUAUUGGUGUCACAGAGUCUGCAUCUACCAAACCUCAAGAAAAGACCAAUAAGAAGCAAUCCAUUGUCAAGUUUAAUGUAGAUUCCAAUGGAGAGAAUGCUAUCCAUGACAAGGUUGAUGCUGAAUGUGUGUACAUUGAACCAUUGGGCACAGAAAUUGUCAUUUACAAAGAGCAAGAUGCAUCAUCCUUAUCUUAUAAUGUUGCCUAUCCAAGAUGGAGGAAUCGCAUUUUCCAUUUUUACAGGGAUCCUGGUUUAUGCCUUUUUACAUGCAUGUAUCCUUGUGGGACAUUUGUUGAUAUUGCAGAGUUUGUUUCUGACGGUAAAGUAUCUAAAGAGGAAGCUUUGAAUAAUUUUUUGAGUGCCUCACUUGUUUUGAGUUGCUUCUUCUAUUCAUGUUGUGUUCGUCGAAGAUUACGAAAGCGUUUCAAUAUACCGGGAGGAUCAUGUGAUGACUACUGGGCGCAUGCUUUAUGCUUUCCUUGUGCUCUUAUUCAAGAGUGGAGUGAAAUUACUGCUCGUGAGGAUGCAGGGGAUGAACCGGCGAAAAUGGAGGCACCAACAGAGCAAUACAUGGAUAGAUAAUGACAUUCUCAUAGCUUCACUAAGGCAAUGUGCGCAUCCAUUUUAGAAAAUUUAUUUUUAAUUCUCAUCUCUAUAUCUGGUUUCUAGACGCCUUUAGGUCUUUUUAGGGAGAUUUUUGCUACCAAUAUUCUAUUCAAAUCCAUAGUUCUCGAAUGCCCAUAAAUAUAAGAGGAUAUUGAUUUGUCAAACCUAAUUUUAUUAGGGUAAAUGGUAGCCUUUUUUAUAAGUCUUGUGUAGAAGUUUUGGUCCAUACUCAUUGUUUAUGUGAUCUUUAUAAUUCUCCUACAUGGAGGUUCAAGGCCCAAUCUUGGGGUGAUCAUUUAGUAGUAUUAUUUGUCUAGGCUAAUGAUAAUUUCUUAUUUGAAUUUUUGUUUUUGGAAACAUCUGGAUUUUAUAUUUCUUAUUUUUUAUAAUUAAAACAUUAUGAUUUUUUUAUAA